AGUAUGCUUGCAAUACACUUAAAUCAUAUUAAAAACAAUUUUUACUACAAUAUAUUUUUCUAUUAUCGCAAAAUUUAUAUUUGUACCAACAAUAAACGAGUUAAGUAAUUUUCUAACGUUUGGGCCUGAGCAUGGGCUCUUUUGUAGAUCCCGAAACCGGCAGCCGUAGUUGCAGUAAUAAACUUAUAUUUAUAUUGGCACCAAUUCUAUUUAAGUUAGCUGCGUCAAAAGAACCGAAUAAAGUAAUCCACAGACAUUCUUUCCGUGAAAGAGUACCUUUACCAGCGACAAAUGUAAAUAUUGAACCAAUAGCUAUACAAAACUACGGAGAUGUAUAUACGCAAGAGUAUUCUACGGAUAACUUAAAGAAUUUCGAUGGCUUUUACCAGAUUAUAUCAAAUUCGCUUGAGAAGCCUGUACAAGAAAGCCAAGAAUAUAUUCCUUCACAACAAUCACUAGGACCGGCUGUGAUUCCUCAAUAUCCACCACUCGCAACGCCCGUUAAUGCCGCUGCUUCUAACGUACCUAGUAAUGAAAAUGCUGUGUUUUUGGGAUCUGGAUCUAUAGGGGUCGUUAAUUUAGGAGGAGGUGCCUAUGUGCUCGGUUCUGGAUCUCUUGGCUAUUCAGAAAUAAGAAGGAAUCCUAGAACAUCACUACUUAUGCCAACGUUACCACCAAUUCAAGCUCACCCGAGUUUACUUCCGGCUGCAGUCAACUCUCCAGAAAUAACCCAACCUAAACCAAUUUUUAGUUACAGUUAUCCUCAAGGUCAAAGCUUUCCCAACGAUCCAAACGAAUAUGAAUUUUUAACACCAGACCAAGUUGGUUUUGGGGAUCCACUACCUCCAAGGCGUUUAAAAAUAACCAACGCGUAUGCAGUUCCUACGUCACUUCAGAUCCAACCUCAAGUUCCACCACCACCAUCUCCUACACUUCCUCCUCUAUUCACAUUUGCCCAAAUAACAACUUUACCACCAAUUCGAUCAACGUACAAUAAAAGAAAUCCAAGUUUCUACAGGUCUGUACAACAUAAAAAAUAGUUGUGUUAUUAUUAUUUACUAGAGUUUUAAAGCUUAAGUUUGUGUUUUCGUCUAUUACGUUGGACAAAAAUUAAAAGUUUAGUUCAUUUAUAAGAUAUAAAUUAUUAUUUAUACAUUUGUUGUAAACAUAUGUUUGUUAAUAAAGAUUAUUAAAAUAAUAUUACUUAGA